AUGGUUUCUUCCACCACCCUUUUACUUCCUCUGAUCUUAUACCUCUCUUUCUUUUCCUCCUUCUUCAUCUCUCCCUCUCAAUCUCACAACAAGGUUUCCUUAAACUUGUACUAUGAGAGCCUGUGCCCAUAUAGCGCCGACUUCAUCACCACUUCCCUCCCUAAAAUCUUCACCGACAACCUUCUCUCCAUUGUCGACCUCCGCCUCGUUCCUUGGGGAAAUGCUGAUAUUAUCAAAGGCAACAAAACCUUUAACUGCCAGCAUGGCCCUCAUGAGUGCUUGCUGAACACCGUUGAAGCGUGUGUAAUUUAUCUCUUGCCUGAUCCGGGCAAACAUUUUCCUUUCAUCAAUUGCGUUGAGCAUAUGGUGCAUAAAAACAGGUACAAGAAGUGGAAGUCUUGUAUUAGGAAGUUGUUGCUAGAUCCAAAUCCUAUUAUAAAUUGUUAUCGUGGAGAAAUUGGAAAGCAACUUGAGCUAAAGUAUGCAAAUGAAACAAAUGCUUUGCAGCCACCUUAUAAGUUUGUUCCAUGGAUAGUUGUGAAUGGGGUGCCACUUAAAGAGGAUUAUGAAAACUUCUUAAGCUAUGUAUGUAAAGCUUAUCAAGGUCCAAAUAAACCCAAAAAUUGCACCCAAGCAUCAUUCCUUCGUACUGUUCGGGAAGUGGGAGCAAUGCCUAAACAUUCAGUUUCUUAUAAGAAAAGAGUGAUGCCAACCCUCAAGCUAAUCCAG